AUGCAACUAAAUAUAAAUAUUUAUACCAUUGGAAGUUUUUUAAAGUUUGAGUGGGGCCGUGGUCUCCACUCGUCAUUAAGUAAAUCCGCCACUGUUCAUCCUCUUUUAACUCUUCUUCUCCGUUACAGAAACUUUGCUCUCCAAAGCUCUGCCCUUCUCCGUUUCAAGAACACCUUUUCGAUUGAGGAGUCUUCAAGUUUUUCCAAGACAAAUUCCUGGAAAGAGGGUAGUGAUUGCUGCACUUGGGAUGGGGUUACUUGUGAUAGGUUCACCGGUCAUGUGAUUGGACUUGACUUAAGUUCUUCUGGGCUUACUGGUCCUAUCAACGACAAUAGCAGCCUCUUCCACCUUCACCAUCUCCAGAAGCUCAAUCUAGCUUACAAUAUUUUCGAUCCAUCCACCAUCUCACCCAAGUUUGGUCAGUUCACCAAAUUGACACAUCUUAACCUUUCUGUAUCCUCUUUCUAUGGCCUAGUUCCAACCGAAAUCUUUCACUUAUCUAAGCUUGUUUUGCUUGACCUUUCUUACUCUAGAAGUCUGGAACUGCGUCAACAUGGUUUUAAAAAACUCUUGCAAAACAUGACAGAACUAAGAUAUCUUCAUCUGGAUUCUGUCAACAUGUCUUCUGUUGCAGUUGGUUCUUUUGCAAACCUGCCUUCUUCUUUGAUAUCUCUGAGUCUUCAGAGUAAUUACAUGCAAGGGAAAUUACCCGACACAAUCAGCAAUCUGAUGCACUUGAAUGAUUUGCGUCUAAGUGGAUGCAAAUUCGAAGGGUCAAUUCCACCGUCACUUGAAAACCUUACUGAAAUCACUUUUUUGGAUCUGUCAUUCAACGGUUUUACUAGUCAAAUACCAACAUCGAUAUCUAAACUUGACCAGCUCACUCAUCUUAAUCUUGGAGACAACAAAUUUUCUGGGUCAUUACCAUCAUCACUUGAAAACCUUACUGAAAUCACUUCUUUGGAGCUGUCAUUCAACGGUUUUACUGGUCAAAUACCAACAUCGAUAUCUAAACUUGGCCAGCUCACUCAUCUUGAUCUUGGAGACAACAAAUUUUCUGGGUCAUUUCCUCUGUCACUCGAAAACCUUACUGAAAUCACUUCUUUGGAUCUGUCAUCCAACGGUUUUACUGGUCAAAUACCAACAUCGAUAUCUAAACUUGGCCAGCUCACUUAUCUUGAUCUUCGAGACAACAAAUUUUCUGGGUCAUUUCCUCUGUCACUCGAAAACCUUACUGAAAUCACUUCUUUGGAUCUGUCAUCCAACGGUUUUACUGGUCAAAUACCAACAUCGAUAUCUAAACUUGGCCAACUCACUUUUCUUUAUCUUUGA